CAGUUGGAUCAAGUGUUGCAGGCAGACAAGAACGAAGUAUUAAAGAAGGCUCUGCUUCGUGGUGAUGUGCCAUUAAUUGAAGAACUCUUAAAUUCCGGUAUAAGCAUAGAAUCCAGCUUUCAGUUUGGAUGGACUCCCCUGAUGUGUGCUGCCAGCGUAGCUGACUUUGCAGUGGUGCAUCUUCUUCUGGACAGAGGUGCUAAUGCAUGCUUUGAAAUAGAUAAGUACACUGUGCUGAUGGCAGCAUGUACUGCGCAGGCUUCAGAGGAAAACAUCUUGAAGACUGUAGAACUGCUUCUAUCAAGGAAUGCUGACCCUAACCUUACUUGCAGGAAACAAAUGACUCCGCUGAUGUAUGCAGCUGGAAAAGGCCAUCCUCAGGUUGUUGCUCUUCUUGUCGCUCGCGGAUCACAGAUAAAUGCCCAAGAUGAAAACGGAUAUUCAGCUUUAAUAUGGGCAGCACAGCAUGGACAUAAAAGUGUAAUUCUUAAAUUGCUUGAGCUGGGAGCUGACAAAAAUCUACAGACUAAGGAUGAGAAAACAGCAGCAGAGAUAGCAAAAAUCAAUAAACAUUCAGAGAUUUAUAGUUUACUCUCUUUGGCUGCAAAUCACUUGCAAGGGAGAUAUGAUGAAACAAUUGAGCAAGAGGCCAUCUACAAAUUUAUGACAGCUGCCCCUGAUCAGAGAAUUGGUUCCUAUUCAACUUUUAGUGACCUGGAAGUGUUUUUACAUGGUCUUGGUCUAGAACAUAUAACAGGAUUAUUGAAGGAAAGAGAUAUAGUCUUAAGACAACUACUGAUAAUGCAAAAAGAUGAGUUAAUACAGAUUGGCAUUACAAAUCCUGAAGAUCAGCAGAAACUCCUAGGUGCUAUUAAUGAGCUACAAGUGGAAGAAAUAAGAAUUGAAGACCUCCCCGAAGUGAUGAAGCUGGAAUUGAGUGGAGAUGAGUUUCUCAAGUUUCUUCAGAAAUUGAAUAAAGAAUGUAGUAAGAUGAUUGUUCCUGUGCAGACCAUGAAUAACUAUUUCCUCAAAAAUUCUCACAAGAUAGUACUGCAGUGGACACCGACUGAACGCUUUAUUGAAGCCUGCAAAGAUUUGGGUUGCAGCAUUGAACAUCUUGGAGAAGAAGUUGCCAGACUGAAGGAUCUGGUGGAGAAGCACGAACAGAAGAAUGAUCCCAGCAGAGUGAAACUUCCAGAAAAAGCACCCACCACGGGAAAGAAAAUAUUAGUAAAAAUGGGAACGGUAACAUUGUUUGGAUUUGGGGUUUUCUUCUUUAUGGCUAAGUUGGUGGUAAAGAAAACCCGACUUUUAGUUCCAUGA